AUGAAGUGUCAGCUUCUCUCCACCUCGCUCCUCCUGAGCCUCGUUCUCGCCGCACCAGUCGCAGAGCCAGCCAAUCUCGUACAGCGAGCUGACAAGCAAUCCUGUUCAUCAAAGCCCCACCCAACUCUAGAAGACUUCCACAAGGCAGCAAAGAAAUGGUGCGACGAUCACGUCCGCGCCGACGCUCCCAUGCCACCGAUGUUACCCAAGCCUGUCAUCGACCCUCACAACAAGCCCGUGAUGCCGCCUCUUACCGCCGAUUACACCUUUAAGCUACCCAAUCCCGACAAAAAGAAGCCCGAUAUCUCUGUCCCUGUAACAUUCGAAGUCCGCGGCUUCGCGCCUAUUACCCGGCGCUAUUGUCACAUUGGGUUUGGCCUGCCGGUCACCUUUGACAAUGGGCGAGCCGAUGAUGGGAAGUAUCAAGUGGAGGAACAGGUUGGCAAGGGUAAUGUGUGUACGGGAUCAGGUGGGAAGACGCUGGUGCAGGGUUGGAAUCAGACUAUAUGGUGGAAUGAGUAUGGCGUUGUUUUUAAGUGA